GGAGAGCAAGUCAACAACAACAAAAAAUCAUUCUUUUUUCCGCCUCAAAACCUUAGGAGGGUUUGGGAGAUCUGGUCAACUUUCCGAAACAUCUGAAUCCUUUUUGCAGCCCUUGGUUCUUUCCCUGGGCCAGCUGUAGGGAGAGAGGAGGGGAAGAGAGGGAGAGAGAGAGAGAGAGAGAGAGAGAGCGAGCGAGCAGGCUGGCGCGGAGGGGGAGGAGGGAGCGAGCGAGCGAGCGAGCAGGCCGGGCGCGGAGCGCACAGCCACCGCCUCCUCGCCUCUCCAAACUCCGGGCCAAGGCGCGCGGUGGCGUCCUCGCGCCCUCGCUCGCGCCCCCGCCCGUCUCCCGCGCGAGCCAGGCAUGAACGCUGAGACUUGCGUCUCUUACUGCGAGUCGCCGGCCGCUGCCAUGGACGCCUACUACAGCCCGGUGUCGCAGAGCCGGGAGGGCUCGUCGCCUUUUAGGGGAUUUCCCGGCGGCGACAAGUUCGGCACAAGUUUCCUGUCGGCCGCCGCCAAAGGGCAGGCAUUCGGGGACGCCAAGAGCCGGGCCCGCUACGGCGCGGGGCAGCAGGACCUGGCGGCACCCCUGGAAAGCGGCACCGGGGCGCGGGGCUCCUUCAACAAGUUCCAGCCCCAGCCGCCCACCCCGCAGCCCCAGCCGCCCGCGCAGCAACCGCAUCUCUACAUGCCGCGAGGCGCCUGCAAGACGCCCCCGGACGGCAGCCUCAAACUGCAGGAAGGCAGCGGCGGCCACAACGCGGCCUUGCAGGUCCCCUGCUACGCCAAGGAGAGCUCCCUGGGCGAGCCAGAGUUACCGCCGGACUCGGACCCCGUGGGGAUGGACAGCAGCUACCUCAGCGGGAAGGAGGCUGGCGUGAAGGCGCCCCAGGAGCGGGCCAGCGCCGACCUCCCGAGCCCGCUGGAGAAGGCCGACUCGGAGAGCAACAAGGGCAAGAAGCGGCGGAACCGCACCACCUUCACCAGCUACCAGCUGGAGGAACUGGAAAAGGUCUUCCAGAAAACGCACUACCCGGACGUGUACGCGCGCGAGCAGCUGGCCAUGAGGACGGACCUCACCGAGGCCCGCGUGCAGGUCUGGUUCCAGAACCGCCGAGCCAAGUGGAGGAAGAGGGAGCGCUUUGGGCAGAUGCAACAGGUUCGAACCCACUUCUCCACAGCCUACGAGCUUCCCCUCCUCACCCGCGCUGAGAACUAUGCACAGAUUCAGAACCCGUCCUGGAUCGGCAACAACGGGGCUGCGUCCCCAGUGCCAGCCUGUGUGGUCCCCUGUGACCCGGUGCCUGCCUGCAUGUCCCCUCACGCCCAUCCGCCUGGCUCUGGGGCCAGCAGCGUCACCGACUUCCUGAGUGUUUCUGGGGCUGGCGGUCACGUGGCCCAGACGCACAUGGGCAGCCUGUUUGGAGCGGCAGGCCUCAGCCCAGGCCUCAACGGCUACGAGCUGAACGGCGAGCCGGAUCGCAAGACCUCCAGCAUCGCGGCUCUGCGCAUGAAGGCCAAGGAGCACAGUGCGGCCAUCUCCUGGGCCACAUGACAGGGCCCCCGCUGCCCCAUGCCCUGCCCUCCCCGGCCUCGGGGCUGUGGCCACGCCCAUGCUUUCCAGGCCCCCAGCCCUCCCCCACUCAACUUUCCUUUUAGGAACCUGGCCUGGCCCAGGGGCCUGACCCACAGCACUUUCGGCCGCCCCAAGUCAGAGGCCCCGUGGACCGCUGGGAGGGAGGGGGCAGCAGGUGCCGGCCCCUCCCUGGCGAAGGCAGUAGAGAAAGCCAGGAGGCCCCUUUUUGCAACUUUACAUCCACUGUAAGGCCCUUCUGCCCAACCCCUCCCCCCUCACUCCCGCCCUGCUGAAUUUGACCUUGAGUCAAAGUUAGGUUCCCGCCCAGACCAGCAGCCGGGACAGCCCUGUCUUGUCCACACGUUCCCAUUCUGUGGGACCCCUGGUCACCAGGCCGGUGGCUGUGUCAGCCCUGCGGGGUCAGCUGCAGCCCCCAUGGUCCUUUCUUCCCGAGAGCACACACAGUGCUGCUGGCCGUCUGGGUGCUGGGUCCCCUGGAGGAGUGGGUGGCAGAGGAGAGGCGUGGGAGGCUGAGGAGCCCGCGGCCACCCAGCACUGCGGCCCCAGGGGCGACUCCUCGGUGACAACUCUGAGUGGACAUUGCAGGGGAGGAACCAAGAACACACCCGACCCCCCUCCACGCCCCGCCAGGCUACUGUUGCUGGUGGGCAGGAGCUGGGCUGCUUUGUUCUCCGUCCGCUCGUCCGCUCGGGGCUGGAGCCCCCUCAGGGCCCCUCCAGGAAGACCUGCAGGUGCUUCUCCCUUCCUGGUCCUGCACUGGCCCCUGUGGGCCGCAUCUCCGUGUCCUGGACCCCGAACACUGAAGCUCUGGCUUCAGGCCACGGCAGCAGAGGGUUAGGAGCAGCGCAGAAGCUGCGUGGCCAGGCUCAGGGCCCUUCCGUGGCUGCCCACUGGCCACUCUCACAGGUGGGGAUGCGUGGGGACUCCGCGUUCCUCCCCCUGUUGCCUUCCAGCCUGCCCUGCCCUUACCUGUCUUAUCCCCAGGGCGUCAGAAUACAGCCUGUCUCUCUGGCCUCGUGAGCUCCCGUGGGUCGCUGUCUCCAUGGCAGGAUGCAUCCCUGAAAGCCAGACUUCCCACCUGUCCAAGGGUUGAGGUUGGGGUGGGAGGGGUCCCCUGUCUGCCUGAACUUGACACCUGCUGCUGGGGUUUGGCACCUGGCCCCAGCCCAUCAGCUAAGCUGAUGGCACACAGUGACCGUCCCCAAAGCAGGACCUGCCAGCAGGGAGUCCCCGGCCAACAGCACUUCCCUUUCUACCUUAUGCCUUGCUUGCUGCCCGUGAGGAGUGCCAGCCCCGCUAGGCUCAGGGCCGGGACACAGAGUGGGUUCCUGGCUUGAGCUGAGAGAAACCUUGACAUUGACGAGUGAGAGCCCUGCCCUGGAGCUGCCCAGGGUCUCGGUGGGUGGGGGUGGGUGCCAGGAACCCCUGUCCCCCUCGCUUACUCGUGUCUACUUUUCACAAGAGACCCUUUUGCGGUCCGAGCUGUCGAACCCAUCUUAGCGUGGUGAGCAGGGUCUUGGGCAUUGAAUGAAGUGUUCUUGAAGGCUCGGCGUGGAGUGUCAAAUGUUUGAAGAACUGGGGGUGGCAUUGAGGAAGCCCCUUCCCCGUUCUGAGGUUCUCUGAGAGAGCUCAGAACCCCCCCCCAAACUCAGCGAGGGCAAGGACGGACUGGAGGCGGGAACCGUACCCCAUUUUCUCCUCAGCCGCUCUCAGUGGCUGGGGAGGGGCAGGGGCCACGUUUCCCCCAGAGAGAAGGGAGCCAGGGCGGCUCCAGAAGCAAACUGGCUGUGGCUGGGUUCUUCUGGAAGGGGCCCCUGGCCUCCAUGCCUGUGUCCGGUGGCUGGGCUAGACCCAAACCAGGCACAUUUCGACCCAAAAGCUUGAGAGGAAAAGGCUUCUGUUAGGAGAAGGCUCCGUGGCCGGGGUCGCGGCACAGCUGAGAAGCGCCUACAACGUCCCUGCUCCUCUCGCCAAGGCGACCACCUGUCCCCCAAGGCCCAUCUGCCCGCGGAACCACUCCAAGGGUCUCCCUUAGCUCCUUCACCACGGCGAAGGGUGACCCAGUGACUGAGGGUGAGCAGAGAGAGAUAGGAGAGGAGCCGGUCCUGCUGCCCACGCUCCGAGGGCCUGGGCUUUCCUGGCGGCCAGAGCAGCAGGUGCACGGCUCCCCAGAACCUCCCUCCCAUCUCUCAGGAAGAAACCACAGGACCUUGGCUCCUCCCUGGGGUCUGGAUCAGCAAAGCCAGCUAAGUUAAGCUAAGGCCGUGUGGCUCGCUGGAGGGCCACGCCACCUGCCACGUGGCUCACUGCUCAACGAAUAAGCUAAGAGAGGUGAGGUUUUCCUUGGGCCAUGAGGAAGCAGUGGGUAGCCGGCAGGUGAGCGCUGUGGGCCCCUGCCGGGAUGAGUCUCAGUGUUGGGGCUGAACACUAAGGUGCUGCUACCGCCCUCCAGAGCCCUGGCCGCUCCCUGGCAUGAGGGCGCAGGGGGCUGCAGGGGUGGGGCCACAGGGGGGCUGGUCUCCAAUGGCGCCUGGAGGACACGGGCUUUUGUAACUUUCCUGGAAUUCUUGUAACCAUACUUGAUUCUCAGCUCUCAUGACCGUGUGUGUCUCCAGCUUUGGGGCCAGGUUGGUUCCAAGACACUGCAAGGAGGUGGGGGGGGAGGGGCAGCGAGAGUGACAGGGCUGUCCGGUGUGCACCGCUGUGACACACACAGGCCCCAGCUCAGGUGCCCGCCCUCCUGUCAUUUUGGCUAGGUAGGCGAGAGGCACGUCCCCACGUCUCCCCCCACUUACAGGGUCACCCCGUCUUGGGGCUGCGUGGCGGUGAGACCAAAUUCAAGGAAGAUAACUCUGGGCUUCCCGGUCCGUUGGGCGGCCUGAGGCUCAGGCCCAGCUCGGGGAGGACAGCUGACAACCUGGCCCCCAGGAUAGGAACCAUCAGCGGGCCAAGCCAGAACGGGACGACAAAAACCCUGCGUGUCAGACGCGUCCACCCCACUUCCUGCAGGAUGUCGUAGGGAGAAAGCCGUUUCCAUUGGACACCCUCAUGGCAUCGAACAAGGCGAUCGCUAGCCCUACCCUCUCCUCUCUCUCCCCCGUUCACUCCCAAACAUAGAGCUAGGCCUUGAUACUACUGAUUUUGGAGAACAGUUUGCAGCGUUUAAUACUCUGGGUGUGCAGUGUGGCCAGAGAGAGCUGAGUGAUAGAAGGAACAUGAACCUCAACCAAUACUUACUGUUCUCAUUGUAAGAUAUUUUAACCCUGUGUAAAUGCAACUUUUCCUUUAGCUUAAUGGCCUGGGGUGGAAUAUUAAAAAAUAUAUAUGAAAAAUACAUGAAAAAUUUCAGAAAAAAUGUACAAAAAAAUUGAGGUCGGUUCCAUAAAGUGUUAACUGCCUAUACCACCAUGUAACUACAUUAUAGCAAAACUAUUAAAAGAAAUGUUCUUGCCUUUUACAGUAAGUUAUUGCACUUACAUCUCCCUGGGGAGGGGAGGAACCUGAGGGGAAGUGGACUGAGGGGCCCAGGCCCGGAGCAGCAUGAAGAGCAGACACAGCCGGACGCUCCCAGAACACCCUUUGCUGGGCAAAGCCCACAUUGUUUGGUUGUUGUUGUUUGCAAUAAACUCCUUCUCCUUCCUCCUCUC